AUGCUCAAUUCCUUUUCCAAUUCCUUUUCCAAUCUCCUUUUCCAAUUCCUUUUCCAAUUCCUUUUCCAAUUCCUUUCCAAUUCCUUUUCCAAUUCCUUUUCCAAUUCCUUUUCCAAUUCCUUUUCCAAUUCCUUUUCCAAUUCCUUUUCCAAUUCCUUUUCCAAUUCCUUUUCCAAUUCCUUUUCCACUUCCUUUUCCACUUCCUUUUCCAAUUCCUUUUCCAAUUCCUUUUCCAAUUCCUUUUCCAAUUCCUUUUCCAAUUCCUUUUCCAAUUCCUCUUCCAAUUCCUUUUCCAAUUCCUUUUCCAAAUCCUUUUCCAAUUCCUUUUCUCCCUCACGUGCCUAUCUGAGGCCUCACAGUUCGCCUCCCCACCUCCCCCUCCCAUCCCAUCCACGUCAGCAUGGCAGUGCUGAGCGUGUGUGCAGCAUUCACGGUGCGAACAAUCACUUGAGCCGAUCCCCAUCUCCUCUCAACCGCUCCACCAUUCCAACCCCUUCUCCCCCCCACUCCUUUCUCUGCUUCCCCCAAUGCGCCAACAUCAGCAUGGCAGUGCUGAGCGUGUGUGCAGCGUUCACGGUGCGCACGAUUCAAAUCGACGGCUCACAGCUGCUGCACAAGUGGCAGCUGUUUGAUUGGACCAUUGACACCACCAUCCCCACCGCAUCCAUCGUUCAAAGAAGGCGGUUCAGCACGACGUAUUUCUGCCGGGUCACAGCAGCAGACGGCAAGCACCUUGACUUCGGCUACCAUCUGUCUGGAGAGGAGAACGUGUGGCUGCAACAGGAGGUGUCCUCGUUCCUGGUUGACGUGCAACCAGGCAGCACCAUCAUGCCAUAA